AUUCAAAUUUUGUUGUUGUUACCAACGUUAUGGGUAAUACUUACAUCGAUGAGGAUCAUGCAUGAUCCUCAAAAAGAAAAACAGAAAUGUUAUGUUUGUUACUGCUUGCAGAACUGAACUCCACUUUCCAAGACGCUGAUUUUUUUUUAUUUUCAAAUGUAUGUUACUUGCGCUCAUACAUUGACUAGAUAUUUUGUGUCAAAUCCACGCAUGAUGAAAUUAGCAUUGUUCAAUUGUGUAUACCGUAUAAUAUCAUAAAGUAGGCCUACACACAUAAUUGAUCUUAAAUAAUUUAAAGAAACAAAUCUUCAGAAGCAUAAUCUAUACGAUUUUGUUUACUCUGACACGUUGUCUCGUUGGCGGCAAUUUCCUUGAAAUUAAAUCCUGACAUCUUGUUGUUUUUUGUAUAUAAAGUAAAAAGCAUUUAUUUUUUGCCGCUAAAUAUUUAUGCCGUGUAGUGACGCUUUUAAUAACUCUUUAUAAAUAUUUUUUACACGCAUUCCGCCCCCUCUUCCUUUCUUUCUGUGUAAAGAGUAAAAUAAUAUUAGUAAUAAUUAACACCUUUCAAAAACCAUUCCUGCAUCGGAAUGUAACUUGUGACCUUCAGUAGAAUCUUUAUUUAUUUUUAUUCGAGUUAGUCAUUUUUUAUUAUUAUUCUUUCUGAUGAGUGUGGUUUUGCGAGAUCACCACAAAGCGACGCUAUAGACCGUAACACUGAAGUGGUAACGCUCCUCGUAGAGCAAAAGGAGGCUGGCUGCGAUUUUCAGCACAAAGAGGUUUGGGAACCGACGGGACGACAUUAUGGAAUACAUUUCAACAAAGCCACGGAUUUCGCCUUGAAUUUUAGAUUUUCUCUGAGGCAAAUGAAAUAUAAGCGAACUAUACCUUGAUCACAUUAAACGGAAUUAUGUUAUCAACAAAUUUCUGGAGACCUGCUUUUACACAUUUUCUGCUGGGACUGCUGGGUUGUUACCAGGAAGCGGCGACGACACAGCUGUUUUAUUCUGUUUCAGAGGAGGUAAAACCAGGCACUAACAUAGCAAAUAUUGCGAAGGACCUUAACUUGAACGUGCAGGAUUUGGACUCCCGCUUGUUUCAAAUUGUUACAUCUAAAAGGAAAUACUUCGAGGUAGAUUUAAAGACCGGAUUUUUGAUCACUAAUGAGAGGAUAGAUCGAGAGGAGCUGUGUGCAGAUGAGUCCAAAUGCAUUGUUAGCUUGGAGGCUGUAAUAAACAACCCGUUGAAGUUGUACCGCGUGGAGAUAGAAAUUAAAGAUGUCAACGAUCAUUCACCCACUUUUAAUGCGCAAUCCCAACUAUUGGAUGUCGCAGAAAAUACCUCGCCCGGGUUUAAAUUAGCCUUGUCGGAAGCAAGCGACGGCGACGGAGGUAAAAAUGGCGUUAGCGGCUACAAGCUCAGUCCAAAUGAAUACUUCAGUCUCGUCACACACAAAAGAGGAGAGAGCAUAUCUCCAGAACUAGUGCUGCAAAAAAACUUAGAUCGAGAGACAAAAUCAAAUAUAAAACUCCUCUUAACUGCAUUCGACGGGGGCUCUCCGGCAAAUUCAGGUACAUCAGAAAUUGAAAUAAAUGUCUUGGAUACAAACGAUAACGCACCUAUUUUUAGCAGUAGUCUUUACAAGAUUAACGUGCUAGAAAACGUCGCAUUUGGCACUGCAAUCUUGACUUUAAAUGCCACAGACGCUGAUGAGGGAUCAAACAGUGAGAUAGUGUUCUCUCUUCGCAGUAAAGAUCAAGAUUACGUUCUUGAUAUUUUCGAAAUAGACUCUGUAACGGGAGUCAUUUCAGUGAAAGGUGAAAUCGACUAUGAAGAAAAGAAAGCUUUUGAGAUCCGUGCGGAGGCAAGAGAUAAAGGCCAGCCUCCCAUGUCUGCUCACAGUAAAGUGCUGGUUGAAGUCAUAGAUGUUAAUGAUAAUGCCCCUGAAAUCACUGUGACGUCACUUACGAGUAGAGUCAAGGAAGACGCUGCCGUCGGUACGGCUAUUGCUCUUGUUUCGGUACUAGACAGAGACAGUGGUAAAAAUGGCGAAGUUACCUGUAAGAUUGUAAACACAGUUCCUUUCAAACUUGAGAAAAACUAUAAAAACUAUUACUCGCUUGGUUGUUGAUGGACAUUUAGACAGAGAGGUGACUUCUCAGUACAAUGUAAUAAUAUUAGCUUCAGAUGAGGGGCAACCUCCUCUCUCAAACACCAGCCUUGUUGCUGUUUUUGUCUCUGAUGUUAAAUGACAAUGCACCGGACUUUCAGGAACCUGUUAUAAACAUAUAUGUGAAAGAAAACAGUAAAGUGGGUACAAUAAUAAAAACAGUGACAGCAGUCGAUGUUGACAUCAACAAAA